UCUGGCUUUUGCUUGUUCGAUGCACUUCAACGUCAAGGCAUGGAGAAUUUAAAACAGGCCCUUGUGGAAAUCAUUGCCGAUAUGGAUAAAAACAAAGGUCUGACCUUGGAGAAGCCUCUGUCUAGGGUUAAACAAAUUUCGGUUGCUUCCAUUGUGAACAAACGCCGACGCCAGGAAGACAGGUGGUUUUUUGAACCCGACCUGGUUGCCUAUGCGCCUCUGGAAACUGACGACAACGAAAAGUUGUCGAGGCUCAGGCGCCACGACUACCCCGAGGUAAUCGGCUGCGGCGUCUUCGACGGCCACGGCGGACCCGAGGCGGCUGAGCACUGCUCGAAUUUGGUGCCCUUUCUCCUGAGUCGUCGUCUCCAGAGACGCUUCCUCGAGACGUCCCACCUCCGGCGCUCCUCCGAAACCAUUCCCGACAUCCUCACUGGUGUCAUUCACGAACUCAACUUCUCCAUCGCCGAGUGCCAUCGAAAUAAACUCUGGAGCUCGGGCACCACGGCGACAAUAUGCCUGGUGUACGGUAAUCACAUCUACACCUGUUGGAUAGGCGAUUCGCAGGGAGUGCUCUUCACGACCACCGAUGUCAAGACUAAGACCAAAUCAGCGACCACGCAGAAUCUGGAGGAGACGGCUGCACUCGAAAGGCCAAGUAAGCCUCGACACGACCUCGUGUCCUCAGGAGCUUCAAGCAUCGAAGAAACGGAAAAACGCAAAAAGAUUGGUCAUGAGUGUGUAAUCCAGCCAAGUCCAUUGAAUUUGCAAUCAGUGGAUGCUCCUACCAGCAGCGCCGCCGCUCUUGUGUCGCCCACUUCACCACGAACACGAGCCACGCGAUGGGAACUCUCCUUCUCCUGGCUAACCUCAUUGGUUCGAGGGAGCAGCAACAGCAGCAAGGAGUCGAGCCCCUCCGAAGUGCCGCCGACGUCUCCACGCCAGGGCCAAGUGCGUGCGCCCCUUGCCACGCAAGAGGUGGCCGAAGAACUGGGCGAGGAUGUGGCGAGGGAAACUUCUCCUGCACCCUGCCGCUAUGGCUCCUUGCCCACGAAGAAGGUAGUCACGAUGCGUGAGCAACAGCAGAGUAAGGUGCCUGUGCGUGCCACAUCCAAGCGACUGAGUGCGCACUUCUCGGAGCCCUCGCUCGCUGCUCCCACCGAGAAGUGGCCAGAGACGACCCCAGCACUCUCCGCCGGGCAUCGAAUCAGCCCAACUGGCGACCUCCGUGGUAGUCGGUCGACUUCGGUGGUGGAAAAACCACCAUCAUUGCCUGCGCCUUGCUUCAAGGUUCUAACUCCCUGUCUUCAUCGUCCCGAGCAUCCGGUUGAGUUCGUCUCAGUUUUGCGUACCGGUGGUUGUAUCACCUUUAAACCGUCUAUCGAAGUUGACUGCGAGACUAAUUCCAAUGAAGCCCUACGUACCGAUUGCACUCCCUCACCUGUAAUGAGUAACGCCCAACUGCUCUACGUUCCCGAUCUCUCAAUGGGCGGCGUCUAUCGCGUCGGGGGCAUAUCGGGUGUCACUCGCUCUCUUGGCGCCAGCAGCUCAAUGAUUCCCGGUCUCUCUGACCUUCCCUCCCUCUCUGUCCACCGUCUCUCCUGUGUCGCCACGUGCCUAAUCCUUGCCACGGACGGGCUCUGGGACACUUACGGCUGUUCUCCCGCCGACCUCACGCACUUCUUUAGCGGCACACCGAACCGUGAGUUCGCCAAACUCCUGACCGCCCGCGCUGUUCGCAACGGAUCCACCGACAACGUGACCGUUCUCAUCAUCUGGCUAUCCGAAGCCGGUGAACUCCAUGAGUCCGUGCCAAUGGAGCCUGAUCUGCGUUCCCCGUGUGCCUACUCCACGGGCACUCGCUUUGCUUCAGUGCCUUGUCUGGGCGACACGCGAUUGCGGGGCACAGUUGGAGGUGGGUUCUCCGAUGGGGAGCCGUCUCUACCACGGUACGUCGAGCCCCAGGAACGCCUGCUCUCCAGAAGUCACUCGGUGGAGGAUUUAGCAGACGUAGAUCGGAUCCGAGCGUCCAGUCCGAUGCAUGUCGUUCCCUAG